CACGAGCCCUAGCGCAUAGCCAAAAGCGUGGAGGUGGCUCACAGAGUUGGUUUGUUUGAUGGCCUUCGCAGGACGUUGCUCCGCCCCCUGUGUUUGUCGUAAACCUGGCUGCUGGCUACAAUAAACCCGAGCUAUGAGCGCCCAGGGCUCGCCUCCUUCUCCAAGGCGAUCAAUCGGAUCGCAGGCGUACUACAAGCACUCACUUACGUAGCCAUCCACAAGGAGAGAGCUGAUACAACAACACGGUUGAUCUGCUCAACAAAAUCUACCUGCUUUCUGAACCAUGUCGUUGAGCCCAAAGCAUACAACGCCUUUUUCAGUGACUGAUAUUUUGAGUCCUAUCGAGGAGACCUACAAGAAGUUUAGUGGAAUGGACGGCUCAGGGAACCUAACCUCUCCACUGGGAGCUUACCGACAGCCUCAGGUGUCCCAGACUGGCAUGCAACAGCACUCCAUGGGCCACAACGCCAGCGUGGCGACCACCUACCACAUGCCACACACUGUCUCCCAGUUCUCGCACAGCGCCAUGGGUGGGUACUGCAAUGGGAGCAUUGGCAACAUGGGAGACCUUCCGUCGUACCAGGAAACCAUGAGAAAUAACGCAGCAGCCACAGGGUGGUAUGGCGCGAACACGGAUCCAAGAUAUUCAACAAUUUCUAGAUUCAUGGGACCUUCCACAGGUAUGAACAUGACUGGAAUGGGGAACCUAACAGGCAUGGGGGACGCCUCCAAGUCCAUGCCACCCCUGCACGCAGCGCCCAGGAGGAAACGACGGGUACUCUUCUCCCAGGCUCAGGUGUACGAGCUAGAGAGGAGAUUCAAACAACAGAAAUACCUCUCAGCGCCAGAGCGGGAACACCUGGCCAGUAUGAUCCACCUGACGCCGACCCAGGUCAAGAUCUGGUUCCAGAACCACAGGUACAAGAUGAAGCGGCAGGCCAAGGACAAAGCGGCGCAGCUGCUGCAGCAGGACAGCAACCUGUGUCAACAACAACAGUCUCCGAGGCGCGUGGCCGUGCCUGUUCUGGUGAAGGACGGUAAACCAUGUCAGAACGGCUCCAACACACCAACGCCGAACCAGCAGCAGGUACAGCAGCAACAACAACAGCAGCAGCAACAGAACGGCUCUGGGGUUGUGCUCCCCGCUUCCAGUAAUGCCAUCAAUCAACACCAAAACCAUCAGGUCAACUCCUUAGUUCAGGCCCAAGACCUGGAGGAGAUGUCACCUAGCCCUCCUUCACUCCACAGUCAGAUCAACAUGGCGCAAAUAGACACUUCUGUUAUAGACUACACUAAUAACAUGGUCAGCUCCAACCUACUCUACGGCAGAACUUGGUAGGACCUACUGUCAUUUACAAUUUUUAUAUGUUAACCUGCGGACGAGCCCAAGAGAAAACGAGACAUAUAUCAUGUUGAUAUACACAACUGUGCGAAAAUGGAGUCCUUUGUGGCUGAGAGAACAACGCGCUCAAGCGCACCAGCUGGUCAGGGCACAUUUUCUUGACAUUUCUGAGAGGGAGACUAUUUUUGAACAUUAAACGAAGUGGCAACCCAUGAAAUAGAUUGUGUCGUUUCUGUACCUUUUGUAAUCAAUGUGAUGGACUUCCUCAUAAUGUUAACGUUGUCUAUGUUGUUGAACGGGAAUGCUGCUCCACAUUAGGGGGACUGGAGGGAAAAGUGAGAUAGGUGGGAUCAGGUAUGAACUCUCUCAAGGUACUAAACCACCACUUCUUUGCGGUGAUAACCUGGUAUUUGAUGCUAUUAAUAUUGUAAACUAAUGUAUUAAUUUAGACUUAAAGAAAGUAGGAACUGUAUAUUUGGCUAACACACGAGAAUGCGUUUACCUGUAUGCUUGUUUUAAGUCGACUUUUUUGUUUUCUUUAUUCUUUUGUCAAAACGAACAAAUGCGUGAUGGCUGCUGUAUAUGUUUCAAACCAAUUGAACGUUAACAAUAAAUCACUUGAAGUGC